CAUAGCAACCCGGCAGCCGCAGCAGGAGGAAGGCCCCACCGCCAUGGCGCCGCCCGCUGUCAAGAAGAAACAAAAUUAUGCUAGCAUACAUGAGGCAGUGAAAACCGGUGAUGUAGAGCAGCUUGCAUCAAUGGUAAAAAGUGGAACCAACAUUAAUGAAGUGGAUUUAGUCUAUAAAUUUACACCUUUGCACUGUGCGGCACACUCUGGAAGUCUGGAGUGUCUUCACUGGCUGCUGUGGCAUGGAGCUAAUAUAACAGACACAACUAUCAGAGGCUGGACAGCAGCUCACCUUGCCGCUAUCAGAGGCCAAGAUGCUUGCAUGCAGGCUUUAGUUAUAAAUGGAGCAAAUCUAGAAGCUCAAGAUGACAAAGGACGUACUCCAUCACACCUAGCUGCAGCUCAUGGUCAGUCGUACACGUUACAGACGAUUCUCCGGAAUGGAGUGGAUGUUAAUGUUUCAGAUAAGAAUGAUUGGAAGCCAAUUCAUUAUGCUGCUUUUCAUGGCCGCUUGGGUUGUUUGCAGCUUCUUGUCAGAUGGGGAGCUAGUAUAGAUGACGUGGAUGACAAUGGAAAUCUUCCAGCUCAUUUGGCAGCAAUGGAAGGCCACCUGCAUUGCUUUAAGUUCUUGGUUAGCAAAAUGGCUAGCGUGACUCACACACUGAAGGCCAGGAAUGACCAUGGGGAGACCCCAAAGGACUUGGCCCAGAGGUUCUACAAGGAUAAUAUUGUAGAGUACAUUGACAGCGUGGAGCAAGAGCGAGACCAUCUGUUCAGUCAGGAAGAUUUAGCUUUCCCAGCUCAUGUUGCUGCCUUCAAAGGGGACCUGGUGACACUUAAAAGAUUAGUGGAAAGUGGAAUAAUCAAUAUUAAUGAGCGAGAUGAUAAGGGAUCCACUGUUAUGCACAAAGCUGCUGGGCAAGGACACAUAAACUGCUUACAAUGGAUGAUAGAAAUGGGAGCUGACUGUGAUAUUACAAAUGAAGCUGGAGAGACACCAAAGGAUGUAGCCAGGAGGUUCGCUCAGCUGGCAGCUGUGGAACUUUUGACCCAGGUAACAGGAGACAACUCGGAUGAAGAAUUAGAUAUCAAUGACAUAAGGUUUUUUGAUAGACAUGGUGUGGAAGGGAGCACGGACAGCAAAGCAGAUUUAACCCUAGAUCAAGUCAACAAAAGAGAUGCACGUAUAAGAGCCUAUCAAAGGAUUGAAGAACUUAAGCAACUCCUAGAAAUUGCCUGCAGCAACUACAAACAGCUGGGGGGAAUAACUGAAGAGGAGAGAGUGAGGAAGAAAGAAGAAAGGGAGGCUGACAAGAUGGUGAGAGAGCUGGAGGCCCAGCUGGAGUACGAGCGGGUGCGUCGAGAGAAGCUGGAGAGCCAGCUGGAUGAUUGUCGAGCAGAGAUCGCUCGCCUCAAGGAGUGCCUGGCAAAGGUGCCGGUCUUGCCCCUGCCCACUAGGGAAAUUGAGGCUCCUUCUGAAUUGGGUAAAGAGAAAAAGAAGAUGAAGAAGCCACUCAGCAGCCCCGGAGGUGUGUUUGUGAGACGAUGCUGAGGGGUGCGUGGAAAGCAGAAUUCAUCUCGUUCAUCUUGGAAGCGUGGCAGGCAAUUAGGAAGAGGUGAUCACAAGGGAAUGCCGUUGUCUUGUAGAACCCACAGGGCAAGCCCUCAGUAGAGUAUGGUGAGCUGAACCUGUGCCAAACAGCAGGGUUUGUACUCUAGUCCUCUCUCAGAGUAAGCUCCUUGCAAUAAAUGCAUCCUAAUACAUCA